CCCGGCCGGGCCGCGGGUGGACAAGUCCUUCACCCCUCGGCGGAGUGUGUGGAGGAGUGAUGGGCACAACCAGCGCUUCCCUCAGGCACUAGACCUACCACGAGUGGACUCUGCUCCCUCCCACACUGCUUUACUGCACCCCAAGAUCACAGGUCUGUUUGAGAUGAUUGAAAAGAUGCAGGGAAGCAGGAUGGAUGAACAACGAUGCUCCUUCCCACCGCCCCUCAAAACGGAGGAGGACUAUAUUCCCUACCCCAGCGUCCACGAGGUCCUGGGGCGAGAAGGACCCUUCCCCCUCAUCCUGCUGCCUCAGUUUGGGGGCUACUGGAUUGAAGGCACCAACCAUGAAAUCACCAGCAUCCCCGAGACAGAGCCGCUGCAGUCACCCACCACCAAGGUGAAGCUGGAGUGUAACCCCACCGCCCGCAUCUACCGGAAGCACUUUCUUGGCAAGGAGCAUUUCAAUUACUACUCACUGGACACCGCCCUGGGUCACCUUGUCUUCUCACUCAAGUAUGACGUCAUUGGAGACCAGGAGCACCUGCGGCUGCUGCUCAGGACCAAGUGUCGGACAUACCAUGAUGUCAUCCCCAUCUCCUGCCUCACCGAGUUCCCCAACGUGGUCCAGAUGGCAAAGCUGGUGUGUGAAGAUGUAAACGUGGAUCGAUUCUACCCUGUGCUCUACCCCAAGGCUUCUCGUCUCAUCGUCACCUUUGACGAGCACGUUAUCAGCAAUAACUUCAAGUUCGGAGUCAUUUAUCAGAAGCUUGGGCAGACCUCUGAGGAAGAGCUCUUCAGCACUAACGAGGAAAGCCCUGCCUUCGUGGAGUUCCUCGAGUUUCUUGGCCAGAAGGUCAAGUUGCAGGACUUUAAAGGGUUCCGUGGAGGCCUGGACGUGACGCACGGGCAGACGGGGACCGAGUCUGUGUACUGCAACUUCCGCAACAAGGAGAUCAUGUUUCACGUGUCCACCAAGCUGCCCUACACAGAAGGGGACGCCCAGCAGUUGCAGCGGAAGCGGCACAUCGGGAACGACAUCGUGGCGGUGGUCUUCCAGGAUGAGAACACACCCUUCGUGCCCGACAUGAUCGCGUCCAACUUCCUGCACGCCUAUGUGGUGGUGCAAGCCGAAGGUGGGGGGCCCGACGGCCCCCUCUACAAGGUCUCCGUCACCGCCAGAGAUGAUGUUCCCUUCUUCGGGCCCCCGCUCCCGGACCCUGCUGUGUUCAGGAAGGGGCCUGAGUUCCAGGAAUUUUUGCUGACAAAGCUGAUCAACGCAGAGUACGCCUGCUACAAGGCAGAGAAGUUCGCCAAGCUGGAGGAGCGGACCCGGGCCGCGCUGCUGGAGACGCUGCACGAGGAGCUGCACGUGCACAGCCAGUCCAUGAUGGGCCUGGGCGGCGACGAGGACAAGAUGGAGAACGGCGGCGGCGGCGGCGGCUUCUUCGAGUCUUUCAAGCGGGUCAUCAGGAGCCGCAGCCAGUCCAUGGAUGCCAUGGGACUAAGCAACAAGAAACCCAACACCGUGUCCACCAGCCACAGCGGGAGCUUCACGCCCAACAACCCUGACCUGGCCAAAGCGGCUGGAAUAUCACUGAUUGUCCCUGGGAAGAGCCCCACGAGGAAGAAGUCGGGGCCAUUUGGCUCACGCCGCAGCAGUGCCAUUGGCAUUGAGAACAUACAGGAGGUGCAGGAGAAAAGGGAGAGCCCCCCAGCUGGCCAGAAGACCCCAGACAGCGGGCACGUCUCCCAGGAGCCCAAGUCAGAGAACUCAUCCACGCAGAGCUCUCCAGAGAUGCCCACGACCAAGAACAGAGCGGAGACAGCGGCCCAGCGAGCAGAGGUGCUGAAGGACUUUUCCCGUUCCUCGUCCAGCGCCAGCAGCUUCGCCAGCGUGGUGGAGGAGACGGAGGGUGUGGACGGGGAUGAUACAGGCCUGCACGUGGCUGGAGGACAGCGUCAGCACAACGAGUGGAGGCAGCUCACCAGUGAGGUGGCUCCCUCCUGCCCCCCUCUCCAGGCCCCUCGAGGUCACCCCACCCAGACGCCGCCAAGUCGGGGGACCCUGCGUGUCCCGAGAUCAAGAUCCAGCUGGAAGCAUCUGAACAGCACACGCCCCAGCCGGGCUGUUAGCCUGGCCCCUCUGAAGGCGAAGCGGAGCAGACGGGGCCUCAGAAGCACAAGGCGAAGCUGCUGUGUCAACUCCAGGCAGAUGGACCCCUGCUUCCAGGCCAGCACCAGCCCCUGGGCUGCCCCUCUCCCACCCUCCCCUCGGCCCGCCCGACUGGGCUGUCUCUGCAGGGCAGAGCCGCCCACACCCACCCGGGAGCCCAGGAGCCAGGAAGCUGCUGGCAUCAUCCCCAGCCCCGGGCUGGGGGCCAGGCUGGGGCAGGGAGUGGUCAGUUGGCUUGCCCCUACCCUGGGCCCUCCAUCACCCCUGGGUGCACCUCUGGACUCAGGGGGUAUUGAGCUAUUCAGUGCGCGCGGACCUGCUGUGGAGGCGCGGGGUGCGAGCGCAGCGGAGUGAGCUCUGGGCGGGGGGCAGAGUUGCGUCCUGCUGUGCGGUUCCGGGCACCCUCUGUCCAGUGCCUCUGCUGCAGGAGGACAGAUUAUUUGAGGUCCUGAAGACUGUGAUUCCUGGCACCUGCACCCGAGCGGGGCGCUGUUCUCCCAGGGCCUCCAUCACACUACCCUGCUUCUUGGGGUCUCUGGGGCUCCAGGUGGACUGAGGGGUGGGGGCUGACUGCCCAUUGCCUCACCUGGACCCUCAUGUUCUACCACAGAUCUGCCAACACCCCCUCCACUGCCUCCACACAAGACAGGUGACCCCCUUGCGGGGAACCACCUGGCAUCUCAGCCAGCACCCAGCUUGGCCUCCCUUGCUCCUGGGCGCUCCAGGCCCGGGGGUCUCAGCCGGCCUAGAGUGACCACUCACCUCCGUGCCCCCCACCCCAGGGAGGGGGCGGCUAGGCCCAGCGGCUGAGUCCACAUCUGUGUGUCUGUCCACACUUUUUAGGCACCGCACCGAAGGCCAGCCUUCCAGCCCCAACACCCAAUUUGGAAGCCCCCGUGGCCGUGUGUAUGUCAGUAACAGUUGUACAAAAUAAAUUCUAUUUAUCGCUAUUGUACCCCGAGUUGGACCUGGCUUUGUGUGACCCCAGACAGAUUUCAGUGGUGCCAAGGUGGAGGGGAAGCCUAGCCCCUCCCCCCUUCAGAACUGCUGUCUGGGCACCGCCAGGGCCAGACCAGGGUUCCACGACCAGCCAGCUGUGCCUUCCCGGG